AAAAUUGCGUUUGAAAAGGGGAAUUAGGGUUUAUUCAUCGAAUAAUAUUGCACUGAACGAAUCAAUCCACAAAACUUAACAAGCUCCAUCAAAUUGAACUAGAAAGCUUCACUAUAUCACUGCAAUCUCAUCUCAGAAUUGAGUAAUGGGGUUGCCAAGAUUUGCAAAGCCAAAGGCAACAAAUGAGUCAAGUCCCAAUCUUUAUGUUGCCAAUUGUGGACCUGCUGUUGGUCUCGAUUUCGAUACCAUAAGAUCAGUUUUUGGUAGUUAUGGGGAAGUGAGUGGUGUUUAUUCAGCUGAUGAGAGUGGGACUCGUGUCAUUGUGUCGUUUGUCGAGAAUUCGGCUGCCAAAGCAGCGUUGGAGGCGUUGGAUCGACGGCCUUGUCAGGAACUGGGAGGGCGUGUUUUGCAUAUUAAGUACUCAGUGUUUCAACCGCCUGUUGAGAAGGUUCAGGUUAAUGACUCAGUUACUGUGUGUUUAGAGACUUCAGAUAUGAAGAUUCCUGGCCUCUGCUUAAUCCAUGAUUUCAUCACAAUUGAAGAAGAGAAGGAGCUUCUCGCAGCAGUGGAUAGUAGACCUUGGAAAAGUCUUGCAAAAAGAAGAGUCCAACAUUAUGGUUAUGAGUUUUGCUAUGAGACAAGAAAUGUUAACACAAAUCAAUAUCUUGGUGAACUUCCAGCGUUUGCUUCUACUUUGCUUGAUAAAAUAUCUUCAUUUGAGGAGCUUAGCAACUCAUUAGAAAUGGGUUUGGAUCAACUGACGGUUAAUGAAUAUCCACCUGGCGUUGGUCUGUCCCCACACAUAGACACUCAUUCAGCUUUUGAAGGAUCAAUUUUUAGUCUUUCACUAGCAGGGCCAUGCAUCAUGGAAUUCAGGAAGUAUACAGAUGGCGAUUGGAGAUUAAAAUCACUUGAUAGUGAGGUAGAAAAUUCUGAUUGUAGCUCAAGUUUUUUAAAGAGAGCUAUAUAUCUUCCCCCUCGAUCAAUCCUCUUGUUAUCUGGGGAGGCGCGAUAUGCUUGGCACCAUUACAUUCCUCAUCACAAGGUUGAUUUCGUAAAUGAAUCUGUGAUCAGAAGGGCUUCAAGGCGAGUAUCCUUUACUAUCCGGAAGGUCAGGAAAGGACCUUGUCAAUGUGCAUAUCCUCAGUAUUGUGAUUCUCAGAAAUAGAAAUUAUCUGCAACUGCUUCGGCCAGACAAUGACAUUCUUGAAAGGAAUGACUCUGAAAGCACUGUUGACUGGUUGAGCUGAAGGCUACUCCGAGAUUUUGAGUUAUCAAUUGCUCAAAAGAAAAGAGUCAUGUGUUUUGUAUACAAAAUGGGGAGCUAUUAACGGCAGGGGCUUAGACUUUAGGCAAUGCUCUUUUAUGACAUUAGACCUAUAGCAAUGUAACUACUUAUAGGCUGAGUGACCAUCAAGUGGUCGGGUUUUACCUCACACAGGGUAAGCCAUUGUUGUAAUCUGGAUUAUUUUGUAGUUUUCCAUAACCAGUACAAGAUUUAUUCAA